AUGCCAUACUACGAAAAGUCAGAGGACUGGCUUCACCAGUCCGCCUUGCUGUUGCAGGCUAGGCCUCAGACUACAAGAGUAACAACCUCUUACUCCCUCCGCCCCGCCAUCCGCCCUUCCAAAGCCGAGAAGCUCGCAGCAAAGGAAGCUCGUCGCGCCAAAGAAUCUACCAUCAACUCCAAGUCUACCAAUUCUACCACCUCCAAGACCAGCACCACCCCCGCUGCUUCAACCACAGAAGAACCCCCCAAGGAUGCCACGGCCGCUGCGCAAAAACCGCCCCGAGGCCAUCUAGUCCUCAAGACCUUCGACCCCCACUCGGGCGUAUGCCUGAAAUACAAGACUUCCAAAGCCGCGGAAGUGGGUCGUCUGAUUCAGAUGCUGGGACAGCUGGGGAGGAGGAUGGCUGCGUUGCCUGUUGAUGAGGCUAAGGAGGCUUCUGCAGCUCAGGUUCAGGCUCAAGGAGGGGAUGUGGUUAUGGGUGAUGCGGCUGAGGAGGGAACUGCUGCUGCUGGUAGUGGGACUGCGACUCCGGCUGCUGGUGGUGCGAGUACACCUGCUGCGACGGGAGCGGGAGGUGCAGGUGGUGGUCAGGGAAAGAAGAAGAAGAAGGGGAAGAGGUAA